CUGCACUAUACGUCCAAGGGGGAGACGUGCGCUCGUCUUGACGUCAGGAGGAGCACGAGCCGAGCGGCGCUGCGCACAAGCCCGGCCAGCAGCAGCAGCACAUCACCCCCGGAGGCAAGGAGCGCACAUUCCGGGCACAGAUCGCCAAUCAGCCGUAGUGUGGCGAAUCCAGUCAGCACAGUAGGAUGCCUCUCGGAGAGGAUGGCAACGGAUGGAAAAAGAAGACGUCCGACAUUAAGGAACAUUAUGACUUCAAAGAAGUGCUGGGGACGGGAGCCUUCUCUGAGGUGCUGCUCGCGGAGGAGAAGAGGACCCAGAGGCUGGUGGCCAUCAAGUGCAUCCCCAAGAAAGCUCUGGAAGGCAAAGAGAACAACAUAGAGAAUGAGAUCGCAGUGCUACACAGAAUCAAGCACCCUAACAUCGUCUCUCUGGAGGACAUCUUUGAAAGCACAUCUCAUCUGUACCUCGUCAUGCAGCUUGUAUCAGGCGGCGAGCUGUUUGACAGGAUUGUGGAGAAGGGCUUCUACACGGAGAGAGACGCCAGCCAGCUCAUCCGCCAGAUCUUGGACGCAGUCAAAUACCUCCACGAUAUGGGGAUUGUGCACAGAGACUUGAAGCCGGAGAAUUUGCUGUAUUACAGCAUGGACGAAGACUCCAAGAUCAUGAUCAGUGACUUCGGCUUGUCCAAGAUCGAAGGAGCCGGCAGCGUUAUGUCCACAGCCUGCGGCACUCCUGGAUACGUGGCUCCGGAGGUCCUCGCCCAGAAACCGUACAGCAAAGCCGUGGAUUGCUGGUCCAUAGGAGUCAUUUCGUAUAUUCUAUUGUGUGGCUAUCCUCCGUUUUAUGACGAGAACGACGCCAAGUUGUUUGAGCAGAUCCUGAAGGCAGAGUAUGAAUUCGACUCUCCCUACUGGGACGACAUCUCUGACUCAGCCAAAGACUUCAUCUGCCACAUGAUGGAGAAGGAUCCUCUGAAAAGAUAUACAUGUGAGCAGGCCCUGCAGCAUCCAUGGAUCUGUGGAGACACGGCUCUGGACAAGAACAUCCACGAAUCCGUCAGCGCUCAAAUCAAGAAGAACUUUGCCAAAAGCAAAUGGAAGCAAGCAUUCAAUGCCACGGCGGUGGUGCGCCACAUGCGCAGGUUGCAGCUGGGGACCAGCGUGGAGGGACCCAGUCAGAUCACUCCCACCAGCCCCUGCCAUGGACUUCUGCUGCCUGAAGAGGAGGAGGAUGAGGAGUUGGGGAAUGGUGAGGAAGAGCGCUUGUCCCACUACAGCGACGGGCGGCGUGGAAGCGCUGACGGCAGCACGGACCGGGACAGCCUGAGGAGCUGCACCUACUGCUGCAGGCCAGCCAGUCGCAUCUGAGCACAACCUCACUGUCUUUUUGUAUCAUCAGAAUGAUUCAUUUCUAAACGACGACAUCAGGAGUCCCUCCGGAUCAUCCAGAGCCCAUCCACCCAGUCUGGCUCGGAAUGGCUCAGAUCCAUGCAAACCUUAUUAUCUCUGUACUCGGGCUCAGACUGGGUCGGCGCCGAGCGGUUCUGACCUGCCAAGUGUCUCUGCAUGCUGGGGAAAGAAGGUGAAAACAUACGGAGAGUCUACUUUUCCUUGUUUGUUUUAUGGUUGUUUUGUUCACAUUCGAGGCCCAGACUGAGAUCCGACACAAUCUUUGGCCCGGGAUCUCAGCGUGGGCGCUCGGCCUGCUCCGUGCCGUGCAACCUCUAUAGUGGAAGUCGGUCUCCUGUUUGCAUGACCUGGUGAAAAAUAUGUUUACAUGAAUAAUGCUCAUUUUAGUAUACACGCGCCAUGAAGAUGAUGAUUAUUGUUCUUCUUCUUAUGACUACUCUGUUGUAUUGACGAUGAUGUACUGCUGUCAUUUUUGAGCUAUAUAAUGUGAAGUGAGUAACACCAAAAAAAAAAAAACAACAGCACAGUGGACGUAUUGUUUGACAUUUCUCGCAAAAAUACUCCUUUUUUGUGUGUGUGUGUUUUUGUGCACUCCACGGACAAAAGUAUUGGGACACGGGGCCAUUACACGUGCAAAAUGGACGCAAAAAAUACAGAAUGCAGUUUGCAACUGUAAGAGCUUCCACUCUUCUGGGAUGACAAGAUGUUUUACGGGCGAGACGGCAACUUAGCCCGACCCCUGAGGCGUGUCUCCAUAAUUUUGUCCAUUUGUUUUUCAUCUAAAUACCCAAGCAUAAAAAUACAUACAGUAUUCCCUCGUUUAUCGCGGUUAAAUGGUUCCAGACCCGACCACGAUGAGUGAAUUUCCGCAAAGUAGGACUCACUAUUAAUAAACGGAAUGUUUUUUCGUAGCUGUGGCAUAGAAAACGUGUUUAAGAUCUUCUAAUUAUGUUUUUUUUAAACAUUAUUAGAGCCCUCUAGACAUGAAAUAACAGCCCUACAGUCAAGUUUACAUUUAUAUUACCCAAUAUAGUCGAUAAAAUCAGAGAAAAUAAGACAUAUUAGACAUAAAUAAGAUAACAAACUCCCUCGUUAGCAGUUCUUUGUUGUUUGUUUCUGGAAAGUGUAUUUUCUGCGGUGGCCGCUGUCUCAUCAAUGUAUUGUGGUGGCACCUUUAAACUCAUACUGCCCAAUAUAGUCGACAUAAUAAGAGUAAAUACGCCAUUAGAGACGUAAAUAAAACUCCUGCUCGUGCUCCCUGGGGGACCCAAGCGCCAAGUGACGUCGGAGGUUCCGAGAUGACUUGUCGUGGGUUAUGGCCCCAACAGUAGCCCGUGUAAUUAUGAUGACGAUGAUGAUGAUUAUUAUGUUAUUAUUAUUGUGUGAGAUCAUUUAAACCUACCUGCCAAUCACGUCUCACUUUCUGGCGACACAUAGUGGCCGAUGUAGGAUACUACAUUCACAAGUAGAACGUUUCUUCUGCCUUGUAUUUUUGUUCAUUUUGCCAUUUUUAUGCUUGAAAGUACUUAAUUUAGGCCAAGAAUACGUACAAUUUUUGACUAAUAAUAGACCAUAAACAGCAAUUAUUUCGUAACUAUUUUUUGAAAAAAAAAACAAGAUAAUGAGGGCGCGAUAUUCGAACCGCGAUAUAGCGAGGGACGACUGUACACCACCAACAAAGAAAUUAGGAAAAAAAGGGAAACAUUUAAGUGUUCUCAUUGUGCAUGCUAACCUUGGAAGUCAAUCCGAAAGCCAUACACUUGUAAUAUCCGCCCCAAGCCCCUUUCACACUGCCUUCUCGCCCUUUUUCCUUGAAGUCGUUCUGUAAGAACAACACUGGCAUGGAAUGAAGAGACAAAGUUGACCUGGCAACAUCUUUGGCGGUAGUAUCAGAGCCGUAACAGAGGCUGGACUGUGCCUUUGUCUGUCUUAAAGGCCAAGGAGGCUUAUUUACUGUAUGCAGCUAAUAAACUAAUAAAGGCUAAUAAACUGCAGCAUUCUAAGCCCCUUUCACACUGGCUGUAAAAGCCGGCUUUUUUCGGCCCCAUUCCCUUGUUCUACAUAAAAUGAACUGACAUUAAAUGGGGGCGCAAAGUUGACCUGAUGCAACGUGACCACAUUUUCCAGCUUUGGUAAUAGUAUCAGAGCUGUAACAGAGGCAGGACAGUUCUGUGUGUAAGGAAAUUCUGCAAUUGCAGCUGUCUGACAAGUACAGUACAUGUAUGUUUUGCAUCACCGCAUAUGUUAUAUGACAGUUUGUUUCUGUGUAAAAGGCGGCCCUGGCUUCGCCAUGCAUACAACUGUCUGCACACACAGUCGCUGGGUUCUGUGUAAAAAGCAAAGCUGGGGUUAUUGCCGUGUUUUCUGUUACGGCUCUGAUGCCACUAUUUUGUGGGAUUCCUGUGUAAAAAGGGCGAACUUUGCAGCUUUCUAAGCCUCUUUCACACUGGCUGUAUAGGCCGGCUUUUUUCUGCCCCAUUUCCUUGUUCUGUAUAAACUGCACUGACAUUAAAUGAAAGUUUACCUGGCCCAAUUUAACCAAAUUUUCCAUGUUUGGAAGUAGUAUCAGAGUCCUAACAGAGGCAGGACAGUCCUGUGUGUAAGGGAGUUCUGCAAUGCCGGCAGGUGCAAGUGAAGUUUAUCUGCAGGAUGCCCUGUCGCUGUGUGAAAGCACACAUAAUUAUAUGUCAGUUUGUUUCUGUGUAAAAGGCGACCCUGUUGUCCUGAUGACAGACGCUGGCGUCGCCAUGCAUAUAGCUGUCUACACACACAGUUGCGGCAAUAUCCCACCGUUUCUGGGUUCUGUGUAAAAAGCACAGGUGGGUUUAUUGCCUUGUCUUCUGUUACGGCUCUGCUAUUUUGUGUGAUUCCUGUGUAAAAAGGGCUAACUUUGCAACUUUCUAAGCCCCUUUCACAUUGCCUGUUAAAGCCGGCUUCUCUUGUGCCCAGUUUUCUUGUUCUGACCAGGCGAUUUUCCACCUUUGGAGGAAGUAUCAGAGUCUUAACAGAGGCAGGACGACGUCUGUGUGUAGUGCAGUUGCAGUAAUAUCCAACCGCUGUGUGAACUUGCAACAUUCCUAAGCCCCUUUCACACUGCAUGCAAAAGCCGGCUUUGUAGGAUGCGGUCAUGCUUUGCGAAAGCGCACACAGUUGCUCCAGCAUUCUCGUCUCUGUGUAAAAGGCGCCGGAUCUUCUGCUACGGCUCUUUAUUUUGCGGGAACUCUGUGUUAAAGAGGCUUCAGGUACUUUGGUCACGCCGCUUCCAUUGUUUUCAAACACAAUCCAAACUCCCCAAGCGGCCAACACAGUAGAGUCAAAGAAAGCAAUCACUCUGUAUUUCUGCAAAAUAUGCAAACUUGUGUGUGAAGGGCUUCAUCGUCAUGUCAAAUAGCCAUCACUUUGAUACACUAUGACGACCAUGAUGAUGAUGACACUCGACGUUUACCUGCGCCAUCUUGCUGUGUUUCUCAAGCUUCAUUUUAUCCAUCACCUCACCUCCAAAUGCAUACAAUUCAAUCACUUGUAUAAAAUAUAUAUAAAUAUAUACAGUAUAUAUAAAUCUAAGUAUAUAUUGUAUAUCCUUUUUUUGUAAAGCUGUUUUGAGCUACAAACGUAUGGAUGCAAUGCAUCACGGCCUAUUGAGCAAGAUGUAAGACAAACACAAUGAUUUGUACCCACGGAAAGCAGGAAAUGAAAUAAAUCUUCCUUGUCUAUGCAUUGUGUGUGCGCAUCGUGUCGC